GCCGGGCGCAAAAGCGACCCCGCAUUGCGGUGCGUUACGCGUGCCGCGAGAGCCAGGAGUAGCUGACAACGCGCUCCAGCGGUUGCGCACGCCGAGAUCCAGCCGUGCGCCAUUUUGGUACGCUGCUCUCACAAGGUCAAAUCAGCUGCCGCAGCCAAUCGCUGCCGCGGCGCCGCACGAGUCGCCACACGAGUUGCGCGAACCGACCGCAACCACCCCGCGACCAAAAUAAACAAGAUGGAAGGCUCCUCGUCCAUGGACAGCUCGCACCUCACGUCGCCCGCGCCAUUAAGACGCCGAGUGCCCUCGAUAGGAAGCGUCUCUCCACUAAAUUGGCUACGAGGCUCGACGCCCCAGCCGGACAAUGAACCCUUGUCCGCCCGGUCGCACGACGAGGUGCUGUGCACCACACCAACAGGACCGAAGCUCCGACAACUCCCGACCAAUGAAGAUCCCGAGGUCCUCUGCUUCGGCGACGAACUGCGGCUGUGGGCCGUCUCCGAGUACGCCGUCGCGGCGCAGACGCAGCGGCCGCCGCGGCCUCAGAGGAGAAGGUCGACCUCUGAUCUCUCGUCGAAGAUGACGAGUGCGGACGUCGGCGGGUAUGUGGGCACGUUCUUCAAAGAUAGGAAACGACGCGCACGGACGGGCCGGCAGCCGUUGGCUUGUGUCCCGCCCAUCGGGGAGGACGCGGGCGGCGGCUUCGUCGAGAGCGCGUUCCGAUGCGUCGAUCCUCGCGGUUUAAAAAGAGACGGCCAGCCCGUGCGCAUUGGCGACGCUUUGAUCUUACAAGAUAGAGAAGGCCACGUCUGGAACUCGACCGUGUCUGGCGUGGUGGGUUACUUGGCGCCUCGGUUACGGGGCGAGCGGGGCGAGACCCGUAUCAGGUUCGCUGAUGACGUUCAGACGCCUAGAUCGUUUGGAGAGAAGCCCGACGGUGGCCGAGCGGUCAGAUAUGGCGACGCGCUCCACUUAGUGACGUGUCCCGUGUCUGGGAACGACCCGACGCAUACGGGGAGAGGUCUGAGGAAACCACAUGUGUUGACCUGCUUCAAGAAGGAGACGUCCUCGCUGUUGGGAGGCUAUCUCACGAUCGACCCGAGAGGCUACGCGCUGCAGUUUGUCGUGGAGCGGCCGCCCCCUGAAUUAGAUGUGGUGAUAGUGGGAGGGGAAAAACACCAUAGAGUAGCGUGGGGGCAAAGUGUCCCCUUCUCGACGGCGUCUCAUGUGUCUCUCAGAUUGUCGGGCGGUGGUUCGGCGUCGUGUUCGUUAGCUGGGUUAAAUGCCGGCGAUCGCAAGUGGCUCGCCUGUUCCACGAGAGGUCACGUGCUGCUCGAGGUGCGGUCCAGUCAUGCCGAGGAGGACGACGACGAGGAGGAGAUUGAUGUGGCGGCACCACAUAACCCGUACGAGCUCGGGCUCGUGUGGUUACUUGCCCAGGCCGUCUCCAGAUUAUUCUUCGCGCCACAACUAGCGGCUAUCAUCGCCGCCUCGACGUCUUCAGCGUUGGCGGCGGCGCGCCACGACGCGUCGCUGGCGCGGCCGGCGGCCUUAGUAGCCUUCGCGUCGGCGUCGCUGGCGGCGCUGUCCGUCCAGCUUUGUGGCGAUAUGAUCGCGACGGCGCUCGCCGCCUCGAUACUGCUCGGCGCGGCGGCGACGUCGCCGCGGGAUGAGCCGGCGCGGCCGCGGUUACUCCGGGCCCUGAGCCGCGUGCGGACGGCGUCGGGCGAGCUCGCGCUCUUGCAGUGGAGUCCUGAAGAUGAUGAUACCCUCAUCGCGGCGCGGUCCGUCGACACGUCGGAGACGCCAGUGCUGCGCGACGUGCCGUCUCCAGACGAGCUGGCCGCCGCCACCGAGCUGCGCGAGGAGCUGGGCGAGCAGCCGGCGCGCUGGCUUGAGACAGGCGAACUGCUGCGCUUCGUCAGAGCUCGCAAGACUCUCAAGGAGCGCGCUACGUUGUUCCGCGAGGCCAUGGCGUGGCGCCGGGACCACGGCGACUGGAUCGUGGACGAGGCUUCGUUCGGAGGCGCGGAACAGAGGUGGUGCGAUGACCCGUCGCAAGCGCCGGCCUGGCACCGUUGGAUGGGCACGGUGUUGCCGUUUGAGUUAUUUGGGACUUGUCGGUCUGGAGUGCCCAUCACGUUCGUCGGACUAGGGAGGAUGGACCUGACCGGUAUUCAAAGGGAGAUCGGCCUCGAUCGCCUCGAACAAAAAAUGGUUAUGCAAAAUGAUGCCUUUAUUGAUCUCGCGCGGCGCGAGGGGCUGCGACGGUCGUCCCCGGAAGAGUGUGUCGUGGCCCACGGGGGCGUUUUCGUAAUUGAUUGUGAUGGCUUCGGGCGGAGGCACCUCGGCGAGGUGCGCAUCUUCAAGCGCUGUGCGGCGGCUCUCAAGGUGCUGCACCCGGAGCGGCAGCGCAAGACGUUCGUUGCUGUGCAUAAUCAAAAUUUCGCGGCACGAUCGUCCUGAAUCGUUGCGUCAACCUCCACGCCAUCGACGCGACGCCUGCUCGAUGGCGUGGCGAUGCCGGUUCCUCACCGCUCGACGGAGCCAGCGCGGCCACGUCAUCGCCGAGAAAUGACUUAGUGAAGAAUUGUCGGGUGCACCCGACACAUUGGUUGAUUUCCACACAGGUUCAUCGUGAGGGCUCCUCGCGUUUUUGCCGUGUUCUGGAAAAUUGUGCGCGUGUUCCUCGACGAGCGCAUCAUCUCCAAGAUCUCUAUAUUGGGUGUGAACGAUGAUCUGACACCGUUGGUGGACGAGGUAGGUGCUGAUUAUUUACCGUCGCUCUUCGGCGGAGGCUACGACCUCAAGUGCUCCUCGCUGCUGACGGAUCCUAGAUUGAUUGAUGAGGGGGCGUUCCGGCGGUUCGAGGCAGGCGGCGCGGGCGGCGAGACAUAGGUAAGAUAUAAGUAUAUACCGUGACUCAGAA